UUACCCCACCUACUGCCCGCACCCGCUCUGCCUGCCCUGGGCCCGCUGUGGCAAGUGCACCAGAACUACCGCCCCAGCUGCGAGGUCGCCCUCAACAUCAACGUCAACCUGGAGCUCCACGCCUCCUAUGUGUACCUACCCAUGGCCUUCUACUUCCACCAGGACGAUGUGGCCCUGGAGAGCUUCAGCGGCUAUUUCCUGCGCCAGUGGCAAGAGAAGAGGGAGCACGCCCAGGAGCUGAUGAGGCUGCAGAACCUGCGCGGUGUCCGCAUCUGCCUUCAUGACAUCAGAAAGCCAGAGCGCCAAUGCUGGGAGAGCGGGCUCAAGGCCAUGGAGUGUGCCUUCCACCUGGAGAAGAACGUCAACCAGAGUCUCCUGGAGCUGCACCAGCUGGUCAAGGAGAAAGACGACCCCCACCUGCGCGACUUCCUGGAUAGCCACUUCCUGAACCAGCAGGCCAAGACCAUCAGAGAGCUGGGUGGCCACCUGAGCAACCUGCGCAAGACGUGGGCCCGGGAAGCAGGCCUGGCAGAGUACCUCUUUGACAAGCUCACCCUGGGCCGCAGCGAGAAAGACACUGGAGCCCAGAGGGGGCCUGCAGCCACGGAGUGCCUUCCCCGGGUACGGCCACCAGGCGGGGCGUCCAUGUUGCCCUUUCAGAAUGUUCUCUUCAGUUUUCUCCUCUCAGUUUUACGGUUGUUGGCAAUAAAGUUACCUGUUCUCAAAGCAAUAAAGGUGCCCAGUUGA